AAGUGUCCGGACUGUAAGGGGGUGAAAGUGUCCGGACUGGAAGGGGGGGAAAGUGUCCGGACUGGAAGGGGGGGAAAGUGUCCGGACUGUAAGGGGGUGAAAGUGUCCGGACUGGAAGGGGGGGAAAGUGUCCGGACUGGAAGGGGGGGAAAGUGUCCGGACUGGAAGGGGGUAAAAGUGUCCGGACUGGAAGGGGGUGUGAAAGUGUCCGGACUGGAAGGGGGGGAAAGUGUCCGGACUGGAAGGGGGGGAAAGUGUCCGGACUGGAAGGGGGGGAAAGUGUCCGGA